AUGUCAUCAGGAAAGAGGAAACAAGGCGUUUCUGGCCUCCAGCGCCGCGUGCGACCCCGGAGAGAGGCGGAGCCCGAAGUCGACGAGCAUGUCAGCAGUGAGCCUGAGGAGAUGGAUGAGGACGGCGACGACCUCAGUGAAGGCGAUGAGGAUGAGAUGGGCCAAGAUGAUGAGGACGAAAACUCUGACGGAUCACCCCCACCAAAGAAGUCAAACAUCGACAUCUCAUCAGUCUCCUUCGGCGCCCUCGCAAAAGCUCAGGCCUCCAUGCCCGCGUCCAACAGACGGCGUAAGAGAGGCGUGGAGCCAUCGGAUUCGGAAUCCGAUUCGGACUCUGGCCCGGAGGAAGUCGGCAGGAAGCCCAACUACAAUGCUCACACCGCCAAGCGCACGAGCAAACACGCGCCGACGGAACAGUCGAGCAAGAAGCCCGUCUCGCGGCGCCGCGAGGUUAUCGCCGUGCCCAAGAUGGAAGUGCGCGACCCGCGGUUCGAUCCGCUCAGCGGGCCCAUAGACGAAGCCAAGGCCCGCAAGGCGUACGCGUUCCUGGACGACUACCGCAAGGACGAGAUCCGGGAGCUGCGGGCCGAGAUCAAGAAGACCAAGGACGCCGGUAAGAAGGAGGAGAUGAAGCGGCUGCUGCUGUCGAUGGAGUCCAAGAUCAAGACGCGCGAGCGCAAGCAGCGCGAGGCCGAGGUCGUGGCGGAGCACAAGCGCAAGGAGAAGGAGCUCGUCAAGCAGGGCAAGCAACCAUUCUACCUCAAGAAGUCGGAGCAGAAGAAGAGGUUCCUGAUGGAUCAGUUCGCCGGCAUGAAGAAGAAGCAGAUCGACCGGACGAUCGAGCGGAAGAGGAAGAAGGUCGUUGGCAGGGAGAGGAAGGAGCUUGACCAACUGCAGAGAAGGCCGAGGGAGUAA